UCCAAAUGCAUAAGUGGUCCUCAUCUCUUUUUUUGCAGCUUAAUGCCUGUCUUGGUAUUGGAAGAGAACUAAACUAGAUCAUUCCAUUUCUUUCAGAGGAUCAUCUGAACAGUGUAUCACUCUCUGAUGGAUCCUUCCAACCCUGAGUAUUAUGAAUACUUCAAAGAAGUCCAUGGGAUUCCAAUAUAUAAAGAUUUUGCUAAAUAUUGGAAUAAUGUGGAAGCAUUCCAGGCAAGACCAGAUGAUCUUGUUAUUGCCACCUAUCCUAAAUCUGGUACCACCUGGGUUAGUGAAAUUGUAUACAUGAUCUAUAAUGAGGGUGAUGUGGAAAAGUGCAAAAAAGAAGCGAUUUUUGAUCGCGUACCUUUCCUGGAAUGCAGAGACGUAGACGACUUCCUCAAUGGAAUAAAAAAAUUAGAAGGAACGCCAUCUCCUAGAAUAGUGAAGACUCAUCUGUCACCUGAACUUCUUCCAGCCUCAUUCUGGGAGAAGAACUGCAAGAUGAUCUGUGUUUGCCGGAACCCAAAGGAUGUGGCUGUUUCUUAUUAUCAUUUUUUUCAAAUGGCAGCCGGUCAUCCCAAUCCUGGAUCUUUUCCAGAGUUUGUGGAGAAUUUCAUGCAGGCACAAGUUCCUUAUGGUUCCUGGUAUAAACACGUAAAAUCUUGGUGGGAAAAGAGAACGAAUCCACGUGUGUUAAUUCUUUUCUAUGAAGACAUGAAACAGGAUAUCAGAAAAGAGGUGAUGAAAGUAUUCCAGUUCCUAGAGAGGAAGCCAUCCAAGGAGCUUAUGGACAAAAUUGCACAGCACACUUCGUUCCAGGAGAUGAAGAACAAUCCGUAUACCAAUUAUACAACACUACCAGAGGAAGUGAUGAACCAUAAAGUGUCGCCCUUCAUGAGAAAAGGGAUUACAGGAGACUGGAAGAAUUACUUUACAGUAGCCCUGAAUGAAAGAUUUGAUAAACACUACGAACAGCAAAUGAAGGGAUCUACAAUGAAGUUUAGAAUGGAGAUUUAGAUACGUCUUUCUUUUCUUAACAUAUCUAAGAUUAAAGAUGUCUUUUCACCAUUCUUUUUCUUAUUUUAGAUUAAUAUAGAAGGAAUCAUGUAAAGGAUCAUGGGUCAGUUUCACUUGUUUAUUCAGCUGUUCAUAUAAAGGAGAAAUGAGUUUUUUUCCUCCCUGUAAUCAUCUUUUUAAUUUUUCCUUUGCUUCCUCUUUUCUAUUUUUAACAAAUGUUAUACAAAGCCAUAUAAUCUAUGGGAAUUAUGUAGUAACACAGAUGUUUCAGCUUUUCAGCAUUUCAUUAAAAAUAAAUAAGCACUCUGGACUAUUUUUUGAUUACUAUUUUCCAUUUAGUAGGACAUUUAGUAUAUAUAUAUAUAUAUAUAUAUAUAUAUACAUGCAUACAUGUAUAUUAAUGGUUAUACAUGAACUUCAAGGACCCUAGAAAAAUCAAGGAAUAUAACAAGGAACAAGGCAAAAAUAUCUGCUCUUAUCACUCUUAUUCGACCCAAUAUUAGAAGUUUUAGCCACCGAAAUAAGGAAAGAAAGAGCAAUGAAAAGCACACAUCGUAAGAAAGGAAUAAAGCUACUGUGUCAUGCAGAUACUCCGUGGACCUGUGGAGAUACCUUUGUGGCAAAGAAAUGAGGUCGUCUGACAAGAGCUAGCAAGGAGCGGAGAUUGUACCCAACAGCCCAGCGAGUGAAGCAUCUUGGAGGCAAAUCUUCCAGUUCUGGUCAAGCCCUCCGAUGACCUGGAGUCCUUCCCAACAAUUUGCUUGAGCCAGAACUCCUCUGCUAAAUAAUUCCCAAACUCCUAACACUCAGAAACUGUGUGAAAUAAUAAAUAUUUUUGCUUUUAGUGCUUA